CUCGGAAGUCCACCUUAAGAUGUACCUUGCAAUUAUGAAGGGAAAACUAUUGCAAGCGCAAAUGGAGCUGUAAGUUUCCUUCUUCUCUUGUUCACUAGAAAAUGUGAAAAUUGUACUUGCUGUCCUUGAUUUUAGGAAGAAAAGUGCAAUGUACCAUCUGGAGAAAAAGUGGAAGAAGCUGAACAACCCAGUGAUAUAGAAGAAGGAGGAUUAGAUCUCAGCGUGUCACUCAAACCAGUCAGUUUCUACAUUGCGGACAAAAAAGAAAUGCUUCAACAGUGUUUCUGUGUCAUAGGGGAGAAAAAACUACAGAAGAUGCUGCCUGAUAUUUUAAAGAACUGUUCCAUGGACGAAAUCAAAAGGCUUUGCUUGGAGCAGUUGGAGCUGUUAUCUGAAAAAAAACUGUUGAAGAUACUUGAAGGCAAGAUUGGAGCUGAUUCUGAUACUGACGAGGAGGCAGAUGGAGGAGACAAGACUGGAGGUGAAUCAGUCAGUCAACAGGACAACAGUAUAGACUCUACUUCCUCUCUGAGAGAAGACAACAAGCUGGAAGGUCAGGAAUCAAAACAAGGCAAGGGAGAAGAUAGUGAUGUCCUCAGCAUAAAUGCAGAUGCAUAUGAUAGUGACAUAGAAGGCCCAUGCAAUGAAGAAGAUGUCCCAGAUGUGCAAGAAAACACUGUCAGAAGCGGAGCCGGUCAGAUAGAUGACCUUCAGAAGGACAUUGAGAAAAGUGUGAAUGAGAUACUGGGGUUGGCAGAGUCCAGCCCAAAGGAGCCCAAAGCAGCAACCUUAGCCGUUCCACCGUCAGAAGAUGUUCAGCCAUCAGCGCAGCAGCUGGAGCUUCUGGAGCUCGAGAUGAGGGCCAGAGCUAUUAAGGCUCUGAUGAAAGCUGGUGAUAUAAAAAAACAGCCCUGAGAUUGUUUAGAUUUAAUUGUCAGUGUUGGUUUUGAAGGAUGUGGUGUCUGUUCUCUUCAGUGCUAAGGUAUAUUUGGCUUGUGUAUGACAUUCCUCAUUCAAACCCUGUUGUGUAUCCUGACCUGUGGCUUAAGCCAUUAAUAGUUGGUUUCAUUGCCAUUGUGUGCUGCUUCCAUGACAUGCACAAACAGAGUGGUUUGACGCUUCACAGAGGUCAGGUCUCUGUGCUGGGUUAUUUCCCCAAGGAGUCACACCAUGUAUAUGCCAGGAACCUGGUGCCUUCCAGAAAGGUUAGGAGAAUCAAGUUCUUUAUAACCCCAUGGUUAGAAAUUACCAACUAUUUUAUUUAUUAGCAACUUGUUAAACUACUUGAGAAACUUGAUUUAUAUGUAUUUCAUUAAAAAUACCAUUUUGAAGAGGUCUUUUGUCGUGUGACUGCCUUCAGCAUUCUGUGAUGGGAUUUGAGAUUGCUUAUUUCUCCUUGGGGCCCAGCUCAUCAUAAUGUAGCUAUUCUAGUUAAAAUGAAUGAUGAUUCAUUUAAAACCAUACUUAAUUUUUAGAAAGUUGAAUUCCUAAAGGAAGGGAUUUUUUCCUUUCAAAUAAACAGUUGAACCAUGUUAUUUUCAGAGUUAUGAAAGUGCCUGAAAGUGACAAAUGCCAGAGUUUUUAUACUGUUGGUGAUUUAAUUUUGUCACUCUCCUCUGCUGUUCUAUCUUCUGUGUCAUAACUGAAAUAAAGAAAAUAGAGUUUUUUCUUGACUA